AGUGCCAGUCCGACGGACGCAGCUGACCGCUGUAGUUGUGGUGCUCUUGUUCUUGUAGUGUUCGUGUAAACAUCCCGUCUUUUUCUCUUUAUUUUUUUUUUGAUCCGCGAUCGGUGCAAACACCACGGUGAAUCACACAGUGCAGUUUGUGAUCACCGAUACUUCGCAAUGUCGUCGAGAGGACCCCGCAGCCAAAGUUUCUACGGCCAUGAUGAUCGCGCCGGAGAUCGCGGCGGCAAUCGUGGACGCGGUGGUGGCGGUCCCCGUGGUGGAGGACGUAUGGGCAACCGAGGUGGCUUCGGUGCGCCCAUUCUGAAGCGCUACAACCGCCAAAAGUUCGGUGGCGGCCCAUCGGGUGGACAGCCCGGUUACGGUCGUCGAGGAGGUGGAGGCAACCGGGCCAGGUUCGCGGAUGAAGAUGGGGACAUUGAAAUGCAGGGAGGAAACCUACCCGACCACAUGCGCAACCGCUUCAAGCCGUACAACAACUCCUACAACCGCAACAGGAAAAGGAGGGGCAUGCCAGACAGGAGAGGAGGCAGAGACGUUUAUGUUCCACCCCACCUACAGAACAAGAACAGCGAAGGAACUUGGUACAAAGUCGUGAUUCCACAGGGCAAGAAGUUUGGCAAAGACUUCAUCUACAGAGAGAUCAAGGCGAGGAUCAGCGUCCCACUCAUUCCAUACAACUUCCAGUUUGACGGCCACAACGCUGUUUUCUACAUUGCCGACGUUGCAACUGCUGCCGCCGUGCGCAACCUCAACAGAGCCAUCGACACGCCCUCCGGCUUUAAGAUGGCCAUCACAGUCAAAGGCUCAGACCUGCCAAUCGUGGCUGUCGAUGACGAUGUCAUACAGAGUCUCAAGCUGGUGAUGAGCAAGCGAUACGAUGCCGCUCGUGGCCACCUCGACCUGUCAAACUUUCAGAAGGACGAGUCUCUGAAGGAGCUCAACCUGUACAUCACCUUCACCCGGCCAAGCAUCAUGUCCAUAGCGGUCAAGAUCAUCGUGGAAAAUGUUCCCGAGGUUCAGACGCUAGACCUGUCGAACAACAAGUUGACCACGCUCUACCCUCUCGGUCCUGUUCAGGGCGCAUGUAAGCAGCUGCGUUCCCUCAACUUUGCCAACAACAGGAUUCUGAAAAUGGCCGAGCUGGACAGCAUGAAAGGGCAUGUCGUCCGUCCAAGAGCUCGUCCUGGAGGGGAACCCGGUCUGCACAGCGUACAGCGACAAGAGCCAAUACAUCAGCGCGGUGCGGCAGCGCUUCCCCAAGGUCAUCCUGCUG